GGUCUCACGAGCACAGACCGUAUCUGCUCGCGCGCACAGACCGUAUCUGCUCGCGGGCUGCGGCAGCUAGGCGCGCUGAAACUGUGCGCAUGCGCAGCAGCUCAGUCACAACAGCAGCAGUAGCUAGACAGAAGCCAUGGCAGAUGAAAAACCAAAGGAAGGUGUCAAAACAGAAAAUAAUGAGCACAUCAACCUGAAGGUGGCAGGUCAGGAUGGGUCCGUUGUGCAGUUCAAAAUCAAGAGGCACACUCCACUCAGCAAACUCAUGAAAGCUUACUGUGAACGACAGGGCUUAUCCAUUAGCCAAAUAAGGUUUAGAUUUGAUGGACAGCCUAUUAAUGAAACAGAUACCCCUUCACAGCUUGAAAUGGAAGAUGAAGACACAAUCGAUGUUUUCCAGCAGCAAACAGGAGGCUCUUUACUUUGAAGACCAUUUCCUUCAAACAUUUCUACCUCCCUUACUCAUCCUUUAACAUUUGUUCUUCUCAGCGUUCACUAUGAAAAUCUGAGAACCUUCCAUGGCAUGAAGUAGGGCUGCAAUGACUGAGCAAUUAAUUGUCACUAGUUGACCUAUAAAAAAAUAAACACAGUCAUACUAUACAGAUUCUAAACUCAUAUAAAAAGACCUUUCAUAACAAAGACAGUGCUAUUAUUAAAUCAAAAUGUCAAAAGAUAAACGAAAUGCAUUUCAGAUUUUUGUCAAAAAUGCAUGACAUUAGUAAAUAUUCUCAGUUUUAAAGCCUUCAGUCAAUGUUGCAACCUUUAUUUUUUUGAUAAUGUAUUUAGAAAGUCUCAAUGUACAAUAGAAAUUAUCAUACUAAUCAGCAGUAAUUGCUGACCACUAGGCGACUACUGAAAUAAUCAGUUAUUGCAGCCCUAGCAUGAAGGAGCCACACCUUUCUUUAGGUUGUUUUCCACUUGGUCUCCUAUUUUAUUGAAUCAAAGUAAUGUAUUGCUACAAUAUUUGCUAGUUUAAAAAAUGUUUUGCUCUGUUCGUUAGUAGGGCUACUGCUACUUGUCAUUGUUCACUAAUUAAGUAAUCGAUGAACAUCGUGUUCAGUUCAAUUGGUAUCACCACUUUUUAAAGAGCCUGUAGUUUAAAUUAAAAAGAAUGCGUUCAGGGGUUUGAAAAGUUGUUAUUAAAAAACACAGACAUUUCUCUCGGUACAUGAACUAAGUUUUUUUGUUUUGUUUUUUUAACUCUAGUGGCAUUAAGUGUCAAUAAUAUCCCAUCAUAAGUUAUGAUUCUGUACAGAUAUUUUAAUAUUGUUAAUACAGUGAGUGAGGACCCAAUUCCUAACAAGUUCCAUAAGUGGAUUUUUGUCAUAAGAGUCACAGUGGAAGGCCCUGAAUAAUUAAAUUUUGACAUAAAAUUUUACAUUGUGAACACAACCUUUACAAAUGUACUGUGUUUAGGUGAGAUUGGACAGUAAAGCGUUAUAACCAAGAGAAAAAUGUUUUGAUCAAGGUGGGUUAAAGAUUUACUUGAUCACAAGAAUCCAUAGUAAAAUUUCAAGUUGAAUUGCUCUCUACUAAUUUAUAGAUUUUUAAUUAAUUCAUCAGAUUAGACUAAAAAAAUAACUGUUUGUAUUAUGAUGGAUUGAGCUUAAUGCGGUAUUUUAUGUAAAAAGGUCAUGCCCUAUUAAAGUUGUGUUUUUUAUUUAA